AUGCCAGCCCAUCUUCUUCCUCACCGUGGUGGUGCAUCAAUUGCAUCCCCACAUGAGACAGACCUCCAACAAGAUGUAAUUUCCACAUCUCAAGUUCACUCAUCUCGCGAGGACGAGAAUGCCAUCGCCGAGAUCCAUCGUACGUUGACAGAGAGAACCCGGCAUGGAGAUCGCCAAUACCCCGAGCCGCACUCAUCAUUCGAUCAUUUUCUUGAGAAGGAACUUCGGGAUGGGAAGAGAAAGGCGAACCUGGGCGUCUGCUUUCUAUCUAUCACAACCUGGGGAGACGGAGCAGCGCACGUCAAUGUAAAGACACUGGGGACCGCUUUAUGGCGCACCUUAACAUUCCAAGAUGUCUAUGAAUGGACUAUCCAGCCUUUAUUCUCGAAGAGAAAGCCCCAUAAUGGACGCCGUCUUAUUCGUGACUUUUCUGGAGUGGUUCGAACUGGAGAGAUAAUGCUCGUGCUGGGACGACCAGGAGCUGGGUGUUCAACAUUCCUUCGGACAGUUGCUGGCUAUCAUUCCUCUUUUCUUGGAGUGUCGGGAACUCUCGAUUAUUCGGGAAUCAGUCAAGAAGAGGUCAAGAAAUACUACCGGGGCCAAGUGGUCUAUGUCCCCGAGGACGACGCGCAUUUCCCCACUCUCAACGUCCAGCAAACUCUGGAGUUUGCCCUGGAAAGUAAGACACCCAAGAGAUAUCAAGAGAGAAUACCGCGAUAUCUUGAAAUUUACGGGAAAGUGUUUGGGAUGUCCCACACAAUGAAUACGCUCGUAGGAAAUGAGUAUAUCAGGGGCGUCUCAGGUGGAGAACGAAAGCGGAUCUCCAUCAUUGAGUCUCUUGCAACGGACUCAUCAGUCAUGUGCUGGGAUAAUUCUACCAGAGGUCUGGACGCUCUGUCAGCGUUGGACUAUGUCCGCAGUCUCCGAAUCAUGACCGACACAUGCGGCAAGGCAACUCUGUUGACCCUGUACCAAGCGUCUGAUGCCAUCUUCGACCUGGUCGAUAAAGUUUUGCUCAUUGACGAAGGACGCAUGCUCUAUCAAGGCCCUGCAUGCGAAGCUAAAAAGUACUUCGAAGAUUUGGGUUAUCAGUGUGCGGAGAUGCAGACCGUGUCGGACUUCCUGACAAGCAUCACACUCCCAGAGCGACGAAAGUUCCGGCCUGGAUGGGAGCAUCGUGCCCCCAAAGGACCAAUCGAAUUGGAGAAUGCUUUUCGAAAAAGUGAGGCUUUCCAGCAUGUACAAAAUGACAUAAGACGCUACGAAGAUAACAAGCUUGACGGCAAAGUUACGGGUGAAUCACUGUUUGAUUCGGAUUGUGGGAGCUUGGAGGAUUUCAAAAGGGCUGUUCAGACUGAAAAGUCUCGCUUUGUCUCUUCCAAAUCGCCCUACACAAUCUCCCUCUUCCGCCAGGUAGUCCUGUGUGCCAAACGUCAGAUGUGGCAAGUGAAAGGCCACAUGUCGCCGAUCUUCAUUAAGCUCAUUUCGUGUGUGAUUUACGGUCUGUUGAUCGGAUCAAUGUUCUACGAUUUGCCACAGGAUACUGAUGGCAUGUACUCCCGUGGAGGCGUCAUAUUUUAUUCCUCUAUUUUGCUUGCCUGGCUUCAGAUGUCGGAGUUGGAAGAGGCAAUGCAGGGGCGAGACAUCCUUAGUCGCCAGAAGAAGUUUGCCUUUGUUCGACCGAGUGCAGUGUGUCUAGCCAGGGUCCUCGCAGAUUUUGUCCUGGUUUUCAUUCUCACUGCCCUAUAUUUGGUCGUGGUUUAUUUCUUGGCGGGACUGAAGACAAGCGCUGGACCGUUCUGGAUUGACUUCCUCUUCAUAUACUUGUGCACAAUCUGUCUCACAGCCCAGUUCAGGCUGUUCGCUGCAGCCUCCUCGAGUUUCGAGGUCGCAUUACGGUACAGCGGGGUCUCUGUGCUUUUCUGCAUCGUCUUCGGUGGCUACGUGUUGUCCGUGGACAAGAUGAUGAACGAUGUUCCCUGGGUGGGCUGGAUAGCGUACACCACACCAGCUCUAUACACUUAUGAAGCAAUGAUGGCCGUAGAGUUUCACAACACCGAUUUCAGUUGUGCGUCCGGAUCAGUGGUUCCAUCGGGCCCCAGCUAUCAGGAUGCUGCGUACCAAACAUGUGGUUCUUCCGGUAGUCGACCGGGGACGACAGUCGUCGGCGGUGAUGAGUACCUCGCUGCACAUUAUGGGUUUCACUACAGCAAUGUGUGGCGUAAUUUUGGAAUACUAUGUCUUUUUACAGUCGUUUAUAUCGCCGCCACAUGCUGGAUGAGUGAGAUUCUUGACUGGGAGUCAACCAGUGUCGGGCCGAUACAGUACAAAAAGGGUGGGAGAGGAACCAGUCGCAGUGUGAGGAAAAGCCGGGAUGAAGAGAGCAGCCCUGUACAGAUUGACGAGAAACUUCCGGCCUCGCCCGAGUCUUCGAGUGAACGGCCAACCCAAGCCCUCGACGGGACCUCCUCGACUUUUACUUGGGACAAUCUUGAGCUCGUCGUGCAAAUUGGCAAGGAGGCUCGGAAGUUGUUGGACGGAGUGUCCGGGUAUUGCAAACCUGGUACCGUGACAGCUCUUGUUGGAGCCUCCGGGGCUGGCAAAUCAACAUUGUUGACAGCUCUUACGCAGAGACAGAGCCCAGGAAAAUUGACUGGCACAAUGUAUGUUGAUGGACGGCCCGUAGAUGAAGGGUUUAGUCGCAACAUUGGCUAUUGCCAGCAGAUGGAUAUCCAUGACGAGACUAGCACUAUUCGUGAAGCCUUGGAAUUUUCAGCACUACUUCGCCAACCCUCAAAUGUCUCCAAACCGGAAAAGCUGUCAUAUGUGGACACUGUCUUGAAUACGCUGGAUUUGGUUGACCUACAGAACGCCGUGAUCGGAUCAUUGGACAUCGAGAAGAAAAAGCGUGUUACUAUUGGAGUGGAACUCUGUGCGAGACCCAAGCUAGUACUCUUUCUUGAUGAGCCUACCAGCGGGCUGGACAGUCAAGGCGCAUCGAACAUCGUCGCUCUGUUACGGCGUCUUGCGAAUCUAGGGUUAGCUGUGCUUUGUACCAUUCACCAGGCCAACCAGGAGCAAUUCGAACAAUUCGAUCGUGUAUUGGCACUCAGCCCUGGAGGGCGGACUUAUUACUUCGGUGAAGUGGGUCAGUCUGGGUGUUCCAUCUUUGACUACUUCAGGAAGUACGGCAAUGAGCCUGGGAAAGUCACAAAUGCAGCAGAUUACCUGAUUGAGGUGGUCGUCGGUGGCUCGAAAGACAGUACUUGCGAGGCGGACUGGGCAGAGGUGUGGAAUCGAUCCACGGAGGCCGAGGACAUCAAGAAGGAAAUUUCUCAACUUCGCAGGGAGAAAUUAGAGGAAACAGAGUAUUCGGAGAACAAUAAAUUGAUUCGAUCAAUGCCAACACUUCGCAGUCAGAUUAUUCUGUUGGCACAGCGCACAAUUCGACAGUUCUGGAGAAGCCCGGAAUACCCAUAUUCCCGGCUCUACGCAUCGUUUCUACAUUCUCUGAUCAACGGCUUGACCUAUCUGCAGAUUGGAAACAGCUUGACGGAUCUACAGUCUAAAGCAUUUUCUUGCUUUCUGGUCCUGAUGUUGAUGCCGGAGUUCAUAAAUGCCAUUUCGAUGCGCUUCAUCAUGAACCGCGAUAUCUGGAGGGCGCGAGAAGGGCCUAGUGGCAUCUACUCAUGGGUCGCAUUCUGCACUGUCCAGAUUUUGUCGGAGAUACCGUACGCCAUUGCCAGUGCGGUAAUCUUCUACGUUUUGUACUACUUCCUUGUGGGCCUUCCCUUAGGAUUUGCAGCUGGCUAUUCCUUCUUGAUGUUUUUCCUUUUCUUCUUAUUCGCCACGUCCUGGGGCCAGUGGAUUGCUGCCUUAAGUGCAGAUUCCACGGUGGCUGCCACUUUGAUGCCAUUUUUCAUCGUCAUGUGCGAGUUGUUCAAUGGUAUUCUGCAACCGCAUAAGAGCAUGCCGGUCUUUUGGAAGUACACAAUGUACUAUGUCACGCCAUUCACCUACUGGAUAGGAGGUGUUUUAACAUCUGUUCUACGUGGAAUGCCCGUCAUUUGCGACUCCGACGAGCUGGUCAGAUUCGAGAGCCCGGCGAACAUGACAUGCGGCGAGUAUGCAAAGUUAUGGUUGGCCAGUGGAACUAGCGGUUAUCUAUCAAAUCCAAAUGAUCGUGGGCAAUGCGGAUACUGCAAGUACAGUCACGGCGAUGAUUAUCUGUCCGAGCUUGGUCUUGAUUCGUCCAAAAUCUGGCCAUACUUUGGGAUCUUUACCGCGUUUGUGAUCACGAACUAUUUCAUGGUUUACCUCCUAGUCUAUGUUCGUUCGGUAAUGAAGCCGUUAUGGCGUCGAUGA